GAUAACUCCGAGCCGGGCAGCUAGGGCGGGUGCGGCAACUGGCGGCAAGGCAAGUGCCGGAGUUGCGAGCUGAGCCGCUUCCCCUUCACGCCUCUCGUUCUCCACUGUUCUUGUCAUCUGUUCUUUCAAUCGGUCUCCUUCCACCCAUCGCCAUGACCGACUUCCACCACCUCGUCAAGGUGAACCCGCCACAGGUUCAGUCCCUUAACCUCCCUCCCAACCUGUCAACUGUGCUGCUGAAGAAGCACACAAUCAGCGUUGAGCCCCGUCCCCUCCCGGUCUUGCAACCAGACGGUGUACUCGUCCGUGUGAUCGCGUCCGGUAUCUGCGGAUCUGACCUGCAUAACUUUAGUGCGGGUGGAGUGGGUGGGCGGCCAGUCCUGGAGCCACUGGUCAUGGGGCACGAGAGCGCCGGCGAGGUCAUUGCCAUUGGCGAUAUGGUCACGACGCACAAGGUUGGGGAUCGUGUUGCGAUCGAGCCUGGCCUUCCGUGUCGCCGUUGCGCCAAUUGCAAGAUUGGCCGGAUCAACAUCUGUCUCAAUGCCCGCUACUGCGGCACACCCGGCUCGGUGGGCUCGCUGUCCAAGUUCUUCGCGCUUCCCGCCGACAUGGCGCCGCACUUGCCGGACAGCUUGAGCUGGGAGGAGGCGGGGUGUGUACAGCCGCUCGCGGUGGGUGUGGCGAUUGGGAUUCGCGCCGACAUCCGUGCACACCAGACCGUGGCGGUCAUGGGUUGUGGGCCGAUCGGGCUGAUUGCCGCUGCUGUGUGCCGAGCGUACGGCGUCAGCCGGGUGAUAGGGUUCGACAUCAACCCGAAGCGUGUAGCGUUCGCAAAGGCGUAUGUGUCAGGUGGGCGGAACGUUUUCGACAAGGUGUUCCUUGUCGACAACCUGCCAACGGUUGCCAACGGAACGGCCAACGGACAUGAGGACGAGCACCCAAUAGGCGAUGUCAAGUUCGACGCAGCCAAGGUCCGCGCGAAGACGUAUCUUGCCGAGGCAGGGUUGGACAGCGACGGCGUGGACCGCGUGAUUGAAGCCAGCGGCGCCGAAGAUGCCGGCUUGCUGGGCAUAGCGAUUGCGCGCCAAGGCGCGACUUACCUCGCCGUCGGUCUCGGCCACCACCAGACCAUGACGUUCCCGACUCUUGCGGUGACCAACAAGGAGAUCGACGUCAAGGGAAUUACACGCUACACAGCCCCGUGCUUCCCUCAUGCUCUCGACCUGCUGCGCCGCGGCGCAGUUGAUCUCAAGCCGCUGAUCACCCGUACGUUCCCGCUGGCGCAGAGCCAACAGGCUUUCGAGGCGGUCGAGGGCGGCGACGAGAUCAAAGUCAUCAUCAUGAACCAGGAGGCAUAGGCGGCAAGCGCACACUGUAUGCAUUGGAUUUCAAGGGAG